GUCUAGAAUGUACAAAAAGUGCAAGAGGCGGGUGGCGUAACAAUGACAGCUCAGCGGGUAUGAUCAUCAACAACGCCACCUUCAAAUCAAAGACUUAAAUGAAGUUUCUGGCAUUACAUAUCAUGUCAUAAUGUCAUAGCACAAUCUGGAUCUGGCUAUUUGAAUUAAUUGGCAUUCUAGGAUGGACUACGCCUGUUUCUGGAUGCGUCCACGAUCUUAUAAGUCACGAAUGCCUUCAAUGCUGUGGUCCAGAUACCUUGAUGAUUUUCAUUUCUGACGAAAUUAUAGUCUGCUUGACUGACACAGGUACGCCAUGUCUUUUCUCACCUCUGCGACCAGUGACGUUCGGGGAGAGGCGUUGCUGUAUCAGCGCCCGCUGAAGUCCCAGCUGCGGGGAGACGACUGGACUGGGCCCCCAUUCCAUAAGUUGCAUAUUGACCCAUAUCAGGCUAUAUAUGUAGGUAUCGCAGUUCACUUUCAUCUCCUGGGUGGAGCAACCAUUGCCUGCGCCGUGCGGGAUAGCGUGUACCCGCUGGAUUAUGCUCAAUAUGAAUUACCUUGUGGCAGUCGGCGAGAUGGUUGGCUCGGUCUUACGGAGUUCAUCUUGGAAAAGAUUAGAGACUACCAGGAGGGGCGCAGCCAGAAGUUUAUCGGCUUAGCGAUGUCGAUUGAGUUGUCAGAACGGUGUCCCGACCUCUGUUCGCGCCUUUGGGCCGAGUUGGACGUUAUCCCGAUCGUACUACGCAAAUCGGAAGAAAACAUAAGCUGGGGUUUAUACGAAGAGAACUUACAGCAUAAGUCAUUGGAUGAACACGCGGAGUCGAUUGCAAGGAAAUGUAUCAGGUUCUUUGGCCCCAGCCAGGCCCCUAUUCCAGAGAUCGGUGUCCGAGGCCUUGUCGAGGUCGACGCCGCAUACCAUGUGAAAAUGACACGGCUUCUGGACUAUGAGAAAACCGUGGGAGCUGCAACAUGGGCAGCAAUUAAUAAGUAUGCCGAUGAUCUGAAGAAACGCAGGAUAAAGAUAGCCUUCUUCAGUGCUACUCCACAGGGUGGUGGUGUCGCUCUAAUGCGCCAUGCCAUGGUUCGGUUUGCAAAGGAGCUGGGAGUCGAUAUUAGGUGGUAUGUCCCGAAGCCGAGGCAUGGUAUCUUCCGAAUCACUAAGAACAACCAUAAUAUUCUGCAAGGCGUCGCACCGCCCGGCACUCGAUUCACUCUGGAAGAUAGGGAUCUCCUCCGUGAUUGGGUCCUUGAGAAUGCGCAACGCUACUGGUCCAAGGGAACAGAGUCUCUAGUUCCCCCGUGGUUUGAAAGAUUUGGCUCUCAUUUCUAUCCGUUCAUACAAGAACAUGGUCCGCCGGCGCCUCCUUGGCUUCAAAAGAACGGCCCUUUAGUCCCACAGUGGGAUGGCGGCGCCGACGUGAUCGUCGUUGACGACCCCCAGUUGCCAUGGUUGAUUCCCCUCAUCAAGCAACGAACUCCUGACCGACCAGUCAUAUUCCGGAGUCACAUCCAGGUCCGAAGUGAUCUUGUCGACACACCGGGCACACCGCAGGCUGAGGCAUGGGAAUACUUGUGGGAGGCCAUCAAGCAAGCAGACCUCUUUCUCAGUCAUCCGGUACGAGCCUUUGUCCCGAAGAAUGUACCUCCUGACAAGAUUGGAUACCUGCCGGCGUCAACAGACUGGUUAGACGGGCUGAAUAAGCCUAUGACGGACUGGAGCACCUGUUACUAUGGGCGGAUCUUCAACUCGAAGUGCCGGGAGCGGUAUAUGCCGAACAUAGCAUUUCCAGAAGAGGACUACAUUAUACAGAUUGCCCGGUUUGACCCGUCAAAAGGUAUCCAAGACGUCCUUAUCUCCUAUGAAGCAUUCCAUAGACGUCUUGUUGGGUCAUUCCCGGACAUCAAUCCCCCUAAAUUGCUCAUUUGCGGGCACGGAUCCGUUGAUGAUCCGGACGGCUUGGUUGUCUAUGAGGAGGCCUUACAGUUUGUUGAGCAGCAUCUCGGUCAUAUUCGGUCACUAAUCUGCAUUAUGCGUAUCGGCCCCAGUGACCAGAUGCUUAACGCUCUUCUGUCCAAGGCAAAGAUCGUCUUGCAACUCUCCACCCGGGAGGGGUUUGAGAUCAAGGUAUCCGAGGCGCUGCAUAUGGGCAAACCGGUUAUCGCGACCCUGGCCGGCGGAAUCCCGCUGCAAGUCCAACAUGGCAAGAACGGAUUUCUGGUCGACGUAGGCGACACCGAAGCUGUUGCUGGCCAUCUCUUGGAACUGUGGAUGGAUCAGGAACUGUAUGCUGGCAUGAGCAGUUACGCGGCAAAUAGCGUAAGUGACGAGGUAAGCACCGUGGGUAAUAUGUUAUCGUGGUUGUACCUGGCAUCGAAGUUGUCGAAAGGCGUGAGCAUUCGUCCCAAUGAACGCUGGAUCAACGACAUGGCUCGCGAGGAGGCGAACGAGCCGUAUUCUCUUCUGGAGAAGAGGCUCAAGCGGGUGUUGUCAACAAACGAAGCAAAGUGAAAAGCUAUUCAAUCAUUACAACAGUCACUUUUAGUUUCACUUUUCUAUCGGUUUUAUUCCCCGUUUCUUCGAUGGGGGCCCUCAAAGUUGGCAUUACAAAAUAACCGCAAGAGGUGUUUUGACUGCGAAAUCAAGAAGCACGUUUAUUUAAGGAAUCAUUCUUGCUCUUUACAAUGCAGUACGAAGAUUAUUUAGGAAUAGCAUAUGAAUUUGUUUUA